AUGCGGCAAAAUCCCAGGUUCUGCACCGUUCACGACAACGUCCAUGGCAACAUUCUCGAUCCCCUUAGUUUGAAGUUCAUAGAUACUGAGCAGUUUCAGAGGCUUCGCGAGUUGAAACAACUAGGUUUUACGCACAUGGUUUAUCCAGGUGCUGUGCAUUCCAGAUUUGAGCAUUCUCUUGGCGUGUAUUGGCUAGCUGGUCAAUGUGUGGAAAAGCUUAAUAAUUAUCAGGGCUCGGAGCUUGGUAUUGAUAGAUUUGAUAUUCAAACAGUGAAGCUGCAGGCGGAUAUUAUUUUAUGAGGACUUCUGCAUGAUGUGGGGCAGGUUUCCUUUCGUCACUUUGAACGGGAGUUCUUCCCCCAAGUUAUCAUGGGUCUCAGAACAAAUGUCUGUAAUAUGGUCGAUUAUAUUGUUGAUGAACACCGUAUUGAUGUUGACUCCCAGAUGAUAAAAAGGGUCAAGGAUAUGAUACUGGCAAGCUCUGAAUUUGCUCCUCCAAGGAGCUCAAGUGAGAAAAGUUUCUUGUAUGAUAUUGUUGCAAAUGGGCGAAAUGGAAUUGAUGUUGACAAAUUUGAUUAUAUUCCCCGUGACUGUCGAGCUUGUGGUCUAGGAUGUAAUUUUGAAUUUCAAAGGUUAUUGGAGACAAUGUGGGUUUUGGAUGAUGAAAUUUGUUAUCGUGCUAAGGACUACCUUACCAUCCACAAAAUGUUUUCCACUCGUGCUGAUCUGUAUAGAACGGUUUAUACACAUCCAAAAGUGAAGGCAAUGGAGCUUAUGAUAGUUGAUGCACUUGUUCACGCUAAUAGUUUUUUGGAGAUUUCAUCUAACAUACAUGAUCCUUCUCAGUACUGGAAGCUGGAUGACACAAUAGUUAAAACUAUUGAGACAAGUCCAAGUCAAGAACUAAAGGAGGCCAGGGAGUUGAUCCUGCGCAUUCGAAGGAGGAAUUUGUACCAGUUUUGUAAUGAGUACCCUGUACCAAAAGAUAUGCUGGACAAUUUUAAGAAGGUCACUGCUCAAGAUAUUGUUUGCUCUCAGAAGAGUGGUGGAGUUACACUGAAAGAGGAGGAUGUAGCUGUUUGUAAUGUAAAAAUUGAUUUGACUCGCGGAAAGCAUAAUCCCCUGGAAAGUAUCCACUUUUUCAAGGAUUAUGAAAGCAAUGAGAAAUUUACAAUACCUGAUGACCGCGUAAGCCACUUGCUACCUACAUCUUACCAAGAUAUGAUAGUUAAGGUGUACGCCAAAAAGCCAGAACUGGUGCAGGCAAUUUCAGAAGCUUUUGAAAAUUUUCAAUUGAAAACAUAUGGGAUAAAAGCACAGGCGCAUGCAACACCACAGAAGAAACGACGUUACAAUCCAAUUUUAUGAGGUAAAAUGUAUGAUAACCAUGAUGCUAUUUUGUUUUUCUUUUGCCUCUAUUUUGUCUCACGCUCACCCUUUUUUGCUAUACUUCCACCAUGAAAUAUAGUGUAAGUCCACAGAGAACAAUGUGACACACUCUGAAGGUUGUACUAGAGUUAUCAUAUCAAAAGAAUCAAUUACAUAUAUGGCAGUGGUUAAGUGCAACAUUUUCAUGUA